AUGGAAAUGGAUAACGUAUAUGAUUUAUGCCGUGGCUUCUACGCAGAUCAUUUUGAAGAUGAAAAUAAUUGAGGUUCGAUGUUGAAUUCCAACUUGAAUUUGAAUUACAGUAACCAAUACUAUAAAUCAAAUCUGAGCAUAUCUCAGAACACUAAUCAACCUCCUUCUCAAACGGCUCAGCCAGAUAAGCCAAUAACUGAUGGUGUGAUCUUUUCUAAAAUAUCAAAGCCACAAACUAUAACUCCGAACCAAGAGAAAACUUCUUCUGACAAUUACCAGUCUCGUCCCACAAAAGCUCCAAAGAAACCAAAGACAGCUGCUAAGAGGUCUAAAAUCCCAAAACGUAAGAGGAACAUUCUCAGGGACCCUCAUGAUAAAAGGUCAGGGACCAAAUUAAAAUCCUUUAAUAACAAUUUCCCUUCUAAACAGAGGAACAGGUCUAAGAAAAGUCUUGAUCCAAAUUCCAACUUAGAGGAAGGAUAUUGUGAGAUACUACCUCUCAGAUCAAAAGAGAGAAUGAAUCUUAUGGAAAAGUCAACAUCUUUCGUAAAGAACAGAGGGUUAAAUAAGGGUAAUACCUAAUG